GAUUCAUCUGCCAAUGCUAAGGGAAUCAAGAUUAAAUGGGAUGCCCCCACAUUUUUAAGACUUGAAGACUGCUUUGAUUUUGGUAACAACCACUGGUACGGUGGUCCCAUGCAACUCGACCAACUGUAUCCAAUUGAAAUAUCCCAACAAAUAUAUUCACCUUAUGUUUCCAAAGAGUCUGACAAUUCUGCUAUUGUCGAGAGAUAUUGGCUAAAUUCAGCAGGACAGUACAUCUAUGUCCAUCCGCAGGUGCCAUUGUUUGUAGACUAUUCGAACAUACAAGGUCACCAUAUCUGCUUCGGCGCUCAAAUAGCGGAGCCUUAUUCUUCUAGAAGAACUCACAUAGAACUUUCCUAUGAUAUAUGGCUUCUGAAAGAUGUUAAAGAAGCGCAUAAACACGCUGUCGCCAAUUAUCUUGGCAAACCAUCAAAUACACCAGACUACAGGAUGGUCCAAAAUCCAAUCUGGUCCACUUGGGCGCAAUUUGGCGUGGACAUAAAUGAAACUAAUAUCCUGGAGUUUGCUGAUGAGAUUAGAGCGCAUGGUUUCAAUGAUUCGCAAUUAGAAAUCGAUGACCAAUGGGAGAGUUGCUAUGGUUCUUUGACAGUUGAUGAAAAUAAGUUCCCCAAUUUCACGAAUUUCAUCGAAGAACUUAAGAGUCUUGAAUACCGCGUUACAAUUUGGGUGCAUCCGUUCAUCAACAGGGAUUGUGAGCCGUGGUUUACGGAAGCUUUAAGUAAUGGCUACCUCGUUUUGGAUGAAUCCGGAAGCUCAAAUACUACAUGGUGGAAUAGCAAUACCGCAGACUCUGGAUACGUGGACUUCACCAACCCUAAUGCCGCGGAGUGGUGGUACCGGAGGGUGCUGGAACUAAGAGACAGAUAUGGCAUAGAUAGCUUCAAAUGUGACGCUGGGGAAAGCAGUUACGCUCCACAGAUAUCUGUACAAAACGGCGAGAUUGAUUUACAACCCCAUCAUAUUGUGGAUGCGUAUGUAAGAACGUGCGCUAGAUUUGGAAACAUGGUCGAAGUACGGACGGGCUUUAGGACUCAGGAUCUCCCAAUCUUCGUGCGCAUGGUAGACCGCGACUCGGUCUGGGGUCUGAACAAUGGUCUAGCGUCCGUCAUCACGACAACUAUCCAGAUGAACCUGAACGGGUAUACCCUAGUCUUACCCGACAUGAUCGGUGGGAAUGGAUACAACUUGAAUCACGAGCAGGCGGCCCUGCCAACGAAGGAGUUGUUCAUAAGAUGGGUGCAGGCGACCACAUUCUUACCGGUACUGCAGUACUCGUUUGCGCCUUGGAAUUUCGACAACGAGACGAUAGAAAUAAGCAAGAAAUACACAGAUCUUCAUGCGGAAUAUGCCGAUGUAAUAUAUGAGGCUAUAGAGGCUUCGGUUGCGAAUGGCACACCAGUGAACGGCCCAGUAUGGUGGCUUGAUCCCACUGAUGAGGAAGCCCUACUUAUAUGGGAUCAGUACCUUCUUGGAGAAACGAUCCUAGUCGCUCCAAUUCUAGAGGAAGGCAAAACAACCCGUGACAUCUACCUGCCCCAAGGUAUCUGGUUAGAAGGUGGCGACUCAUCCAAGGUCCACGCGGGGCCAGCCUGGAUUCAUAACUACCCAGCUGCUAUAGACGUGCUUCCAUACUUCGUUCGCGAUUUCUCUUCUGAACCAGAUUCAGCAACGAUGCCAACUGCGGCCACUGUCCUGUUAUUUACAAUAAUCGUAAAUUUUAUAAAU